CCGCGGUGCGUACAGGUGCGUGUAGCAGAAAGUCCAGCCCCGCACCUUCAACGAGAUGAACAGCGAAUGCUGCUGCUCCAGUGACAAGUUCCGGCAGCCGAACGCCAUCCUUUUCAACAUCCUCAGCUGCCGAGGCGGCAGCCCUGCGCUUCGCGGAGAGCCCGGAUACGGCGUGGCCCGGCCGCGCAGCUGCCCCUGCCAGGCGAGGAGGACCGUGCGCCUGAAGACCCCCGCGGAGACGUGUCAAAUGGCGUCAGGAGUGCUGGUCAAGACCGUGCGCUUCAUGAAGAGCCUGCCCUGCUUCUGCCAGCUCCCCCCCCGAGACCAGCUCUCGCUCCUUGGCGCCUCCUGGGCGCCGCUCUUCGUCGUGGGCCUGGCGCAGGAAGGGGUCGAUUUCGAGGUCGUCCACGCGCCAGGGCUCAGCAUGCUCAAGAGGAUCCUCCUGAGCGGGCAAGGCCACGGUGGGGACGUGGGGGCGGAGGGGGCGGAGAGGGCGCAGCCCACCCUGGCGGGGGUACACAGGCUGAAGUCCUGCCUCGACAAGUUCUGGAGCCUAGACCUCAGCCCGAAGGAGUACGCGUACCUCAAGGGCACCAUUCUGUUUAACCCCGAUGUGCCCGAGUUGAAAGCGGCACCGUUUAUUGAGGGCUUGCAGCAGGAAGCCCAGCGAGCUCUGAGGGAAGUCCUCCUGCCUCUCCACCCCGAGGACCACGGCCGCUUCGCCCGCAUCCUUCUCGCGGCCUCUACGUUGAAGGCCGUCACCCCGGACCUGGUCACGGAGCUCUUCUUCCGGCCUCUCAUCGGUCAGACGGACCUGCCGGAGCUGCUCGCCGACAUGCUCUUCUCUCAGUAGGACGCGGCGCUCCGCCGCGGUCCGUCUUCCCGCUGCGGCCGGCCGGCAAACCGAGGGCCACGGGGACAAAUACAAGGCAGGCAGCGGGACGUGUCCUCGGGCCGCGGACGAGGAGCCGCGAAAGAAGUAGCCGGUCUGGAGGAAAGGAG